AUGGGCAAUAGAAGAGAAGCUACCAGUGUUGUUACAUCUACUUUAACAGGUUUAAUUAAUGACAAUUUUAAUAAGAAUGAAGAAAACAUGUCUGGUAGUGAUGUGUCUAGUAGUGAUAGUGAUGCAUCUGAAAGAGUUAAUUUAGAUGGUUUAAACAUGGAUGGUAUAGAAGUAGAUAAACUACGUGAUAGUGAUGAUUCUGGGAGGUUAGAUAGUGCACAUGGAUCUGACUCAGAUGGCCAAAAAUGGGCUGAGUUCAACCUAGAGAAUGACAUGAGUAAUCCUAGACUUAAGGUUGGAAUGUUAUUUAAGUCUAAAGACAGUCUAAAAGAAGCUGCCAAGCAGUUGUUUCAAAGGAGGUAUAUCUGUCUGCAGGCAUACAAAGAUGGCUAUAAGGCUGGUUGUAGGAGGAUAGUAGGUUUAGAUAGAUGUUUCUUAAAGGGAUACUAUGGUGGCUAUUUGCUUGCAGCUGUUAGAAUAGAUACAAAUAAUGGCAUCUAUCCUCUUGCAUAUGCUGCUGUCGAAAGUGAAAAUCAAGCAUCAUGGCUUUGGUUCUUAGAGUUGCUUACAAUAGACUUGGAAAUUAUGAGCUCGUACCAAAUAUCUUUCAUGUCUGACAAACAAAAGGGACUUGUAGAAGCAAUAUGUAUGUUGUUUCCUAAUGCAGAAAUAAGACACUGUGUUAGGCACCUACAUGCCAAUUUCAAGAAGGCUGGUUUCCGAACAAAGGAAUUGAAAUAUUUGUUUUGGAAAGUUGCCAGAGCAAGCACUACAAGGAAGUCUGGGGAUGCCAUGGAUGAACUGAGGAAAGCCAAUCAGCAUGCUUAUGAUUGGUUGAAGGAAAAGAACCCUACUCACUGGUCAAGGUCUCACUUCUCAAUUAGGAGCCAUUCUGACAUAUUGAUGAUACUGGAAGCAAGAGGGAAACCUAUUUUGACCAUGAUAGAAACAAUAAGGACCAAUAUUAUGUUGCUUAUUGUUAAGAAGAAAGAAGAAGCUGACAAAUGGAAAGGAAUUUUGUGUCUAAAAAUAGAAAAAAAGAGGAUUGAGGACAAGUAUCAGGUUGAAUAUGGUCUAGGCAGCCAGCAUGUGGUGGACUUAGUUGAGAAUUCCUACUCAUGCAGGAAUUGGGAUCUCACUGGCAUCCCUUGCAUGCAUGCAUUAGCUGUCAUUCAUUUAAAAGAAGAGUUCCCAAAGACCUAUGUACAAACCUGGUAUACCAAGCAAACCCAGCUUCAAAUUUACUCCAAUUUUGUAAGUCCAGUAAGGGGUCCUAAACAAUGGGUCUCUUUGUCAAACAUGCUAUCAAUAUUGCCUCCUCCCCUAAGAAGGCCACUUGGCAGACCUACUAAGGUGAGAAGGAAAGAGCCUGAAGAACCACAAAUAAUAGAAAGGUUGAGCAAGAGAGGGGUGGAGAUAAGGUGCAAUAAAUGCAAAAGAGUAGGUCACAAUAAGAAGAGUUGCAAAGGGGAAGUUGGCCAAAACAUUCCAGUUAAAAGACAUAAAGUUGAUGUCCCAACUCAGCAACAGGCUACCCCAAAUCAGCAAAAGGGUACCCCAACUCAACAGGCUGCCCUAACUCAGUUACCUACUGCCCCAACUCAUCAACAAGCUGCCCUAAAACAAAAGCUCCCAUUCAAGAGAAAACCAACCACUAUUAGAUGGAUGCCUUCUACUGAAGAGUCAUCCAUGACAGACCAUUGA